AUGAAGACCUUGCUCCUCCUUGUCUUCCUGGGCACUGCUGUUGCUCUUCCCAUUGACGACGAUGAUGACAAGAUCAUUGGAGGCUACACCUGUCCGAAGAACUCCCUCCCCUACCAGGUGUCACUGAACACAGGCUCCCACAAAUGUGGGGGCUCCCUUAUCACUGACCAGUGGGUGUUGUCUGCGGCUCACUGCUAUAAGCGUAAUGUGAGAAUCCAGGUGCGUCUGGGAGAACAUGACAUUGACGUUGUUGAAGGUGAUGAACAAUUCAUUGAUGUGCAGAAGAUCGUUGUCCACCCAAAUUACACACCCGAGGAUACCACUGUUAAUGGGGUAGCCCAGUUCAAGUAUAAUAAUGACAUCAUGCUACUUAAACUGAAGAAACCCGCCAGCCUCAACUCCCAAGUGUCCAUGGUUUCUCUUCCCAAAUCCUGUCCAACUGCAGGAACUCAGUGCCUCGUGUCUGGCUGGGGCAACACGGUGAUCAUUGGCAGUAAGUACCCUUCCCUUCUCCAGUGCCUGAGUGCUCCUGUCCUGUCUGAUGCUGCGUGUCACAAUUCCUACCCAGGCCGCAUCUCGAACAACAUGUUUUGCCUAGGCUUCCUGGAGGGCGGAAAGGACUCUUGCCAGGGUGACUCUGGUGGACCUGUGGUCUGUAAUGGAGAGCUCCAGGGUGUGGUCUCCUGGGGCACUGGCUGUGCUUGGAAAGGGAAGCCUGGGGUCUACACCAAGGUGUGCAACUACCUGAGCUGGAUUCAGGAAACCAUCGCUGCCAACUGA